UAUUCUUCGAACUUACUUGGUACCAUUUUCGUAUCCUGUCUGAUGACGAACUUUGGAGGUGCGCGUACGUACGUCGAGGUCGAAGCUCACCAGCAGUUGUUACGACACAGACGAGAAGCAAUCGCGCCAGAUACCCCCAGUGAGACGGCCAAUUAGACAAAGGAGACGCUUCUGCAUUCUUACUUUCACCAGCAAGCAAGUCCCUAUAACUCCUCAUAGCCACCAUGUCCUCAAUCGGUACCGGCUACGACCUCUCAAACUCCACCUUCUCCCCCGACGGCCGCGUUUUCCAAGUCGAAUACGCUUCAAAAGCAAUCGAAAACGCCCCUACCGCCAUCGGCCUCCGCACAUCUACCUACACUCUCCUCGCCUUAGCCAAACUCCGCCCCUCCGCCCUUCUAACCCCUAACACCGACCGCCGAAUCUCUCACGUCGACCGCCAUGCCGGUGUCGCUUUCUCAGGGUUGGUGCCUGAUGGUAUGCACUUUGUGAAGAGGGCACGGGAGGAAGCAGGUGGUUGGAGAAAGAACUAUAAGGAGAGGAUCUCUGGGAAGGUUCUGGCGGAGAGGAUGGGUGGAUAUUUGCAGGCGUAUACGAUGUACAGCAGUGUUAGACCUUUUGGUAUUGCGGGUAUCAUUGGAGCGGUUGAUGAGGAUGGACCACAGCUGUAUAUGGUUGAGCCGAGUGGGUUGUAUUGGGGCUACCACGCAACUGCAGCCGGAAAGGGCCGCCAACUCGCCCGCACCGAACUCGAAAAACUCGACCUCUCCUCCCUCUCCCCCGCUGACGCCGUCAAGCACGCCGCCCGCAUCAUCCUCCUCACCCACGACGACGCAAAAGAAAAGGAUAUUGAGCUGGAGAUGUCGUGGGUUGCGGUCAAGGGAGCUGGAGAGGGAGAGGUGGGACCGAGGGAGGCGGGGAUCCAUGAGUUUGUGCCCAGGGAGUUGAUUGAGGAGGCGGUUAGAGCGGCUAGGGAGGAGUAAGAAUAGAUUUGUGGGAAGGGCAUGAGAAGAGGAGGAGAUUUGCAUAACAAUACCACUUUGAUUCACCUUUGCUAAUCAUGUCACGGUCUCCCGGCGUUGAACAGGAAUGAUCGCUUAAUGUUCGUGCACUAUCACUGCUUCUCGCGUCUAGGUCUACUACCACCCC